GCCCCACUCCUUAAUGGCAACUUUCUCUGGACACGCUGCCUAGAGCUUUUCUCCACCGCACCCAUGAGCAAGCAUUCGGAGCACAAGCGCAAGCACGACGCGCAGGAAAAGGUGUCUAAAAAACGUUCCAAGCACAGCAAGGACAAAAAGCACAAGGACAAGGCUGUCAAGGAUGUUUCGGACGUAACCGAGGUUACCGAAAAAAUCACCGAGAAGGUGACCGAGACGGUCACCGAAAUAACCGAACAGGUCGCCGGUGAUGUCUCCAAAAAGGAGCAGAAAAGCAAGAAGAGCAAAAAGGACAAGUCGAAAAAGAAGAAGCACGACCAAUCCUCUGAAAAGUCCGAGUCCGGUUCGACCGAAUCUGCAGAUUCGACAACCACUUCCUCUACUCUUCAUACGGACCCCGAUGCUGCUCGUGCAUUCAUGAAGGAGCAAGAAAUCUCUAUCGCUGAUCCUACGACGAAAGAGAUUCUGCUUCCUUUAUUGUCCUUUGACGACCUUCCUCUGCCCGACAAGCUCACGGCUGGUCUGCGCAACUUCAAGCAACCUACUCCCAUCCAGGCUGCCUCCUGGCCUUACUUGCUCGCUGGUCGUGAUGUUGUGGGAAUUGCAGAGACUGGUUCCGGCAAGACUGUUGCUUUUGGCAUCCCUGCUCUUCGUUAUCUGAACCAGUUGCCAAAGGAAAAGCACCCUAGCAUCCGCGUGCUCGUCGUCAGUCCCACUCGUGAGUUGGCUAUUCAGACGUACGAGAACAUGCGUGACCUCUUAGCUCCCUUGGGCCUGAACGUUGUUGCUGUGUACGGUGGUGCUCCCAAGUUUGAACAAGCUCGUGCUGCUCGUGAGGCUUCGGUCAUCAUCGGUACCCCUGGUCGCUUGCUCGAUCUCAUCAACGACGGUGCUGUUAACUGCUCAAAGGUGGGCUACCUGGUGCUGGAUGAGGCUGAUCGCAUGCUCGACACUGGUUUCGAGCAGGACAUCCGCAACAUCAUGAGUGCCACUCCCAAUCCUCUUGCCGGUGGUCAGCGUCAAACCGUCUUCUUCAGUGCCACUUGGCCUGAAUCUGUGCGUGAAUUGGCCAGUACGUUCCUGAAGGAUCCUGUCAAAAUUACCAUCGGCAGUGACGAAUUGGCAGCUUCUCACAACAUUACCCAGAUUGUCGAGGUUAUUGAUGACCCUCGCCAAAAGGAGUACCGCCUGGAGGCCUUGCUUCGCAAGCAUCUUAAGGAAAUUGGCAAGAACGGUAAAGUGCUUGUCUUCGCCCUGUACAAGAAAGAGGCUGCUCGUGUGGAAAACACUCUCCGCAGAAAAUUCGACGUCGUUGGUAUUCACGGUGACUUGUCUCAGGCCGCUCGUAUCCAGGCUCUUGAUAGUUUCAAGUCUGGUCGUUGUAACCUUUUGGUUGCUACUGAUGUCGCUGCUCGUGGACUUGACAUCCCUCAAGUCCAAUUGGUCAUCAACCUUACAUUCCCUCUUACCAUCGAGGAUUACAUUCACCGUAUUGGCAGAACUGGUCGUGCCAACACGAAGGGAACUUCCAUUACUCUCUUCACUCCUCAAGACAAGGGUCACGCUGGUGAGUUGAUCAAUGUCCUUCGUCAAGCAAAUCAAACGGUGCCCGACGAGUUGCUCAAGUUCGGCACUGCUGUUAAGCCCAAGCUGAACGCCUAUGGUGCUCGUGUGGCCGAUGCCCCGAUGAAGGCAGCUACAAAGAUCGUGUUCGACUAAGCGAUUUUUUUUUUGUCUGUUCACAAGAUCUCAUACACUGUUUUUCAUUUUUUUGGAAAAUUCAUAAAAUACACAUUGCACUGGAACUAUCUAAAUCAUUUAUGUCCGCUUUUGUGCACAAUAGGGAUAUGCGUUUUGUCUUCUUCUUUUCUUAUUUUUUUGGGUACAAGGAUAGCGUCUCCCACCGCUGGGAAUAAUAAAAAUACAGUUCGUUAAGGUUGGCC